AUGUACACAGAUGAUGAGAAAGAUCAAAUGCAAGCGAAACAGAAAGUACCAAUUCUUCUUCAUGAUGGUGAUCCUGAUACUGAUGUUGGUGAUAUUAACCAUCAUCUACAAUACCACUGGAUUAAUAAUCACAUAGUUACAACAACACCAACGCCAACAGACUAUUCAUCACCUGUUCCAUUGAAUAUUUCAUCAAUUUAUUCGUCAUCUAGUCCAUUGUCAGCGACAGAUCCAAUAAUACCUAUUCAUCAUCAUGUCAAAUCGAAUCCUUUUAUUAUGUUAGAUAAUCAACAAAAUACACUUGUCAGUAAUACAGAUAGCUUAAAUACACCUUUUCAUCAACAGUAUAUAUGCGAUGAAAUUGAUGAUUAUUCAUCCUUAUACACUUUCAGAUCUUGUUUUUGUGAAUCACAAACUGAACAAUGCUUGAAUAACGAGUAUGACUUUCAAAAUUAUCAAAUCUCAAAUAAUCUCAAUGGAUUUUCUUUCUAUAAAACAUGCAAUUGUACAUCAGAUUACGCGCCAGUUUGUGAAACACACUCAGUGGAUACAGGUGAAAAGAAGUUCAACAAGAAAACAAAAGACUACUUGACAGAAUUAUCAAAUGAAAUGAAAUUCCCUAGUUAUCCUGAAUAUAUGAUACCUGAAGAAAAUAGUCAGAAUUUCAGCGCAUUUCAAAAAGAUGAGACAGAAUCAGCUCAGUUCGAUAUUUCUUACUAUUUAUCGUGUAAUUCUACUACAAAUAAUCCAUAUAAGACAACACCUUAUGAAUGGAUCUCCGAGAGUCAAGUAACACUAUCAGGAAAUGAGAUAUUGUCAAAAACUUACAAACACAAAGAUCACUCUUUAACUGAUCACGAAAUCCAGUUAUCAGAUCCUAAUGAACCUGGUACAGGAUCAGUAUUUCCUUCUUCUAAUUCGUCAUCAUCAACAUCAUUAAUGUCGUUCUCCAACAGACAUAAUGAUAUUCGAGUGUGUAGACAAAAAUUUUCUGAAAAAUCAUUUCAAACAAAGAUAUCCGACAGUAGUUUAUCAGAAAAAUCUUCAUCACUACUGGACAAUCAUUGCAGGAAUACUGAAGGGAACAAUAAUGGAGCAAUAAUGGCAGCUGCAUCUGCCGCCUUAGCUAAUCUACAUCAUAGAGGUUCUCUACAGUUAUGGCAAUUUUUGAUCGCAUUGUUAGAUGAUAAAGAAAGUCAACAUUUAAUAUGCUGGACAGGUAGAACAUUGGAAUUUAAGCUAAAUGAUCCUGAAGAGGUUGCUCGUUUAUGGGGUAUACAAAAGAAUCGUCCAGCUAUGAACUACGACAAGCUAAGUCGAUCAUUACGCUACUAUUAUGAAAAGGGGAUUAUGCAAAAAGUCUCUGGUGAAAGAUACGUCUAUCGAUUUGUUUAUGAACCCGAGUUAUUAUUUUCUUUAGCUUUUCCUGGUGAGGAACAAUCCAGUCAGUCACUACCGACAACAUCAACAAGAACAACAGCAACGACAGCAACGCCAACAACAAUGAAUAAAAUCAAUACAGAAAGUAAAUUACACGAUCAUUUGAACAAUCAAACAGUCAUGAAUACAUCUAAGGCUUGUUAUUACCCUACUCUUUCAGAUUAUUGUAAUAAACCGCCUAAAGAUAACAGCAGUGAUGAUAAACUUAAUUAUGAAGGCAAAUUUCCUGUAAAGCGUAGAUAUACAGAUUUCAUGGAGGGGAACAAGACGAAGUGUAUUAACUCAGCUGCUCAUAACACAACCACUACUACUGGCCAUAUCGAUAAUAGUAAUAAUAAUAAUAAUUAUAAUUAUUAUGUAGAUUCAUCUUACAUACAUGGGUACGACAAUACUGUAUCGAAUAAUUUAGAUAACGCACAGAAAAAUAUAAGUAAUGAGAACGGCAUUAUGCCAUAUGAAAUGUCUAAUAAUCAUAAUAAUAAUAAUAAUGAUAAUAAUAAUCAUUGCGGUGACCAAGAUUUCCUUGUAAUCAGUUCAUCUACGACAACGGAUGGAAACAAUCACAUCCGGGUGGAAAAUGCUGACGAUCCCAAUUGUCAUAGAACAGAACAGCAUCUGUUGGAAACAGAUUUCUUAGCCUACACGAAUGAAUGUUUAAUGCACACCAGUUGGCUUGACAAUUUCCCAGGAGAACAAGAACAUCCAACUACAGAUUUUCAACAAAAUAUUAAUCAUCAAUACUUUACAAAUCAUUUGUAUAAUUUUUCAAGUGAUUCAUACAACGCUGGACAACAGUCUUUGUUACAACCAUCAUCAUCAUCAUCAUCGUCAAUUGUCUGUGGCAGAAAUGAUAUUUGGUUCGAUCAGAAAGAGUUUACCUGCUUACCUGAUGAAACACUAAAAACAGAAGUAUACAGUAGAGAGCAAGAGAGAUUAUCCUCGUCAUCAUCCUCUCCACCGUCCUCCUCAUCGUUUACUUUACUACUAAGUGAUCGUAGUGUGCUAUCUACACCACCACCGAUCACGGUCAAUUUACAAAAUAUAUAUGAAAUGAAUUAUGAAUUAUUAGUGAACAGUGAUAAAUUAUCACAUCGUACAUUUUGA